AUGAGUACGGUAGCUCUCGAGCCACAGGACCGCAAAAGAGAUGCCGAGUUCAAGCAGGCAUUGCAUGGGAAAACCGGUCAAAACAGCAACUCAUUCAUGAACAUUAUACACAAGAAUAAAGAUGCUCAAAAACUCGCCGUUGACGAAUACUUCAAGCACUGGGACAACCAAGCCGCCGCCGAUGAGACCUCCGAUACCCGCGAAGCAAGACGCAAAGAAUAUGCCACCCUCACCAGACACUACUACAAUCUUGCGACCGACCUCUACGAAUACGGAUGGGCACAGAGCUUCCAUUUCUGCAGAUUCAGCAAAGGCGAGGCAUUUAAACAAGCUCUGGCAAGACAUGAGCAUUACCUCGCAUUGAAGAUGGGUAUCCAGGAGGGUCAACAUGUGCUUGAUGUAGGCUGUGGUGUCGGCGGUCCAGCGAGAGAGAUCGCAAAAUUCAUCGGCUGCAAUGUUCUUGGCCUCAACAACAACGAUUAUCAAAUUGAACGUGCUACCAAGUAUGCACAGAGCGAAGGUCUAGCCGAUAGAGUCGGCUUCACAAAGGGUGACUUCAUGCAGAUGGAUUUCCCGGAUAACAGCUUCGAUGCAGUGUACGCCAUCGAAGCGACGGUGCACGCUCCCAGCUUAGAAGGUGUCUAUAGUGAGAUCUUCCGAGUUUUGAAGCCAGGUGGCGUCUUCGGUGUUUACGAAUGGCUUAUGACAGAGAGCUAUGAUAACGAUGAUCUACGCCAUCGCUCUAUUCGUCUGGGCAUUGAACUUGGAAGUGGUAUCAGUAACAUGGAAAAGGUCUCUGUUGGUCUUGAAGCAAUGAGAAAGGCUGGCUUUGAGCUUGAGCUCAAUGAAGAUCUUGCUGAGCGGGAAGAUGAGUUUCCGUGGUACUGGCCUCUUAGUGGAAAUCUUGGAUACAUGCAAAGUAUUUGGGACUUGCCUACGCUCGUUCGGAUGACGCAUUUUGGGCGUGGGUUUGCACACAGACUUGUCGGGGCUCUUGAAACGAUUGGUAUUGCGCCGAAGGGGUCUCAGAAGACUGCCGAUUCGCUUGCUGAAGCGGCGGACUCUCUUGUUGCUGGCGGGAAGGAUCAUCUGUUCACGCCUAUGUAUUUGAUGGUUGCGCGUAAACCUAUGGUUUGA